GAUCGACAUAUGACGGAGGGAAAACAGCACGACAAGGACGCCGUGAGAUACCACAGGAGAAAGCUAUGUUUAAUCCUUUUUCCGACAAAUGAACUAUCAUCGGGCAAGCUGGCUAUGCUCUGCGAUAUCUCGCAAACAUGGGACUGCAUGUCUCCGGUACUAUUCGCAGGGCACCAGGAACACCGCGAAAGCAAAGGCCCAGUCAAAAAUUGCACACAUCGAUGCAGAAAGACAUUUCUCACCCGCGCUCGUUGACUCGUUUCAUAGGAAACACGAUUACCUUCGCAUCUCCUUGACUGAGAGAUGUAAUCUUCGAUGCUUCUAUUGCAUGCCUAGCGAAGGAGUAGAAUUAUCACCGGCUGACCAUAUCUUGACCGACGACGAGAUCAUUCGAUUGGCAAAUCUUUUUGUGAGAAGCGGCGUCACCAAAAUACGGUUGACUGGAGGAGAGCCUACUGUACGGAAAGGCCUGGAUGGCAUAAUUCGUCGCCUCAACGAGCUCCGACCACUCGGUCUCGAAUCCAUCGGCAUGACCACCAAUGGAAUUGCCCUCCAUCGCCGUCUGCCUAGUUAUGUUGAAAAUGGCCUAACGCACCUGAAUCUGAGUCUUGAUACUCUGGACCCCUUCAAGUUUGAGAUUAUGACUCGGCGUCCCGGCCACGAUGCAGUUCUCAGAUCACUCGAUGUUGCUCUCCACAGUCCAGGAUUACGAUCAGUAAAGUUAAAUGUUGUCGUUGUCAAGGGCCUCAACGAUUCAGAAGUCCUGGAUUUUGUUAGGUUGACAGCAGACAAAAAUAUAUCUGUUCGAUUUAUCGAAUUCAUGCCCUUUACAGGGAACAAGUGGGACAAGGCAAAGAUGAUCCCUUCCAGCCAGCUCUUGGAAAUUGUCUCCGGGGAAUACCCUUCUAUAAUACGAGCACCAGACGAACUCAACGACACCGCACGAUCCUGGAAGAUUCCGGGACAUGUCGGUAGUUUAGGCUUCAUCAGCAGCAUGUCAGAUCAUUUUUGCUCGUCUUGCAACCGCCUACGUUUGACGGCAGACGGGCAAAUCAAAGUUUGUCUCUUUGACGCCAAGGAAGUGUCCCUUAGAGAUGAAAUGCGACGUGGCGCAAGUGAUGCAGAACUCCUGAACGUCAUUGGACUCGCUGUCCAAGGAAAACAGGAGAAGCACGCCGGAAUGGAGGACAUUGAUGUCAUAACCAAUAGACCCAUGAUUCUCAUCGGAGGCACACAGCCUCGCAAGUCGAGAGUGCGAUCGUUGCCCCGCCUUCCUGCACAUGCUUACUUUCUCGAUGAUACACUGUUGCUACCUCAUCUCCAUCGACGUUGGAGCUCGUCGUCCAGCCAAUCUGACCUCCGUUUGACUCACAUUGGCUCUGAUGGUCGGCCAUGCAUGGUUGAUGUCGGCAAUAAGGACGUAACGAAGCGUAGCGCUACUGCCAGCGGUCGCAUAUACAUCCCAAGAUCUGCAUAUAACCUUGUCACAGGAUCGGGUGAUGCCGACUCCACCGACAAGACGAUCCAGAAGGCUCGCAGCAAAGGGGAUGUGAUGACAGUCGCCCAGCUGGCAGCGAUCAUGGGCUGCAAGCGGACCUCCGACCUCAUUCCUCUGUGUCAUCCUCUCCAGAUAUCCAACGUAUCAGUCACGUUGACGCCUGAGUGUGGUGUGUCUCCGGUUCCACCGCCUGGUGAUCAGGGCGGCCUCGAGUACAGCAUAAAGUGUACUGCUACCGUGGCAUGCGAAGGCAAAACCGGAGUGGAAAUGGAAGCACUGACGGCGGUAUCGGUUGGUCUCCUUACGGUUUGGGAUAUGUUAAAGGCCGUGGCGGGUAAAGAAAUGAAAAUUGGGGAAAUCAUAGUCACGCAUAAAACAGGUGGAAAGAGUGGUGAUUUUACUCGAGAUGCAUAA